AAUCGCAACUUAUCGAUUGUCAGUCGGCAAAUAGAACAAUAAACAGUUUUUUAAUUAAUCCAAUUUGGUUUACUUAAGCAAUAAGGAUGAUUUGUAUGCGGCUCCGGGUGUUGCGUAAUCUCAAUCGCAGCGCUUUAAAUGGAUUUAGAAAAGAUUUCAACCGAUCAACCGCUGUGAAUGUCAAUUAUUCAGCUGUCAACUUUCCGGCCGCCAUUAGAACGCUGAAAACUUGUAGCAAUUCUAUCCUAACCAAGGAACCGAAACCAAUCUCUGCAUUUAUCGCAUCUCAGCGGCAGUAUUCUUGCGAAAAAAUAGGCAAAACCAUGGAGGAGCACUGUGUAGUUCCGGAUGUGAUCGCCAAGGCACCGGCGCAGACGGCAGUGGUGGAAUAUCCCGGCGAUAUUGUCGUGAAGCCGGGUCAGGUCCUGACCCCCACCCAGGUGAAGGAUGAGCCGUGCGUGAAAUGGGAGGCGGACGCCAAUAAGCUGUACACCCUCUGCAUGACCGACCCGGAUGCGCCGAGUCGCAAGGAUCCCAAGUUUAGGGAGUGGCACCAUUGGCUGGUGGGCAACAUACCCGGUGGAGAUGUCGCCAAGGGCGAGGUUCUCUCCGCCUACGUGGGAUCCGGUCCUCCACCAGACACCGGACUCCAUCGCUACGUUUUUCUGAUCUACGAGCAACGGUGCAAGCUCACCUUCGACGAGAAGCGACUGCCCAACAACAGCGGAGAUGGACGCGGUGGCUUCAAGAUCGCCGAGUUCGCCAAGAAGUACGCUCUAGGCAAUCCCAUUGCCGGUAACCUCUACCAGGCGGAGUACGACGACUAUGUGCCCAUCCUCUACAAGCAGCUGGGCGCUUAGUUAUCACGCCAAAAAAGAACCAUGCUUAUAUAAGCCAGUCUGAAUUGGAUUUAAAUCUAUUGUAACCUAGAAAUUAAAGACACCCAUGAACAUUCUGUGAAACACUGUUGCUGGCAAUAAAAUUGUUAAAGACAUCCUAA